AUAAUCUAGUCAAUUUAAAUCUAAUUAUCUAAUUCUAAUGACUUUUGUCAUUGGUCUCUAGAUCUUAUAGUUUUUGGUAGAGUCUAGAGACACUAAAGUCUAGUCUAGAUUCGAGUUAGUCUACUGCUACUCUAACGUUAAACUUAAAGUUAAGACUAACGAGUAACAGUAAGUUUGUUAUUUUGAUUAAAAAAUGAAAGGCAGAAAAAAAACACCAAAGCCAAAUGAACAUAAUGAUGGUCCAAAGAGAUCUUUGCGUAAAAGAAAUAUAACUGCGCCAAUUGAAGCUAAAUCAGAUUCUACAAAGAAAGUUAAAAAAAGCCAGAAGAAGCCUAUAGCAAACAUUACAGUAUCAAAUUUGAAUCACGCUGAGAAAACUAAUGGAGAAACAGAAUUUGAGAGCACAUCAACACAUCACAAAAUGAUAGGUUCUUGCACUAGAAGUUGGCCUGUUUUAGACUUUGAAAACCACAGAAGUGAGAUUGUAAAUUGUACACCUCAUUUGUGGCCAUUACAUCAUGACUGCAGUAAAAAUAUAUUCCAUUAUAUUACCAACAACUCUUUGGGCAGGCCAACUUAUGGAAACAAAAUGGCUAUAGAUAGAAAAACUCUUUCUGCCAUUGAAGAUUAUGAUGUUUUCAGUGCACAGCAGCCAUACCACAGCAGAAUAACUGCAAUAGAAUGGCAUCCAAAAAUGGAUAAUCAUUUCUGUGUUGGCUCUAAGCAUGGGGACUUGGGCUAUUACAGACUUAAAUAUAAAGACUCACAGUCAAUGAAAAUUAAAAGAAUAAAAUCAUUUACAGGUAUUGGACCUGGGGGUUAUAUAUCUGCUAUGAAGUUUCACCCAACAGAUGACAACAAAUUCUUCACAGCAUCUCUUGAUGGUAAAGUUUCUCUUGGAGAUAUGGAAAACGACACUGAACUAGGGCAGAAAGUAUUUUUAAAUACUUGUUCCUGGGAGCGUUGGUACUGUUCCUUGGAUGCACACAAGACAGACAAUCUAGUAGUAGCUGGGUCUAAUGCUGGUCAUACUCAUCUACUUUCUAGAACUGGAGAUGUUAUUUGGGACAAAAGACUACAUAGUCAAAAAGUGAGUCAUUUGGAGUUUUCUCCCUGUGAACCCCAUUUACUGUGUUCAGCUUCUCUGGACCACACUGUGAGAAUGUGGGACUUAAGAAUGGUCAACGAGAAGAAACCUUUGAGCUGUUUACACCAUGAUAAAGGAAUUAAUUCAGCUUUUUUUAGCCUGACUGACGGAACUCGUUUGUUAACAACAGACCAAGGGGAUAAUAUUCGUAUCUACCGAGCUCCAUUCUGGCAACUAGAGACUGAUAUAAGACAUCCUCAUCGGUUCUUUCAGCACAUCACACCUAUCAAAGCCUACUGGCAUCCAUUGUCUGAUACUAUAAUGUGUGGUAGAUUCCCUGAUGAGAAAAAUUAUCCAGAUCUUGGUGAUAAAAGAGCUAUUGACUUUUUUAACCCCUGUACUGGAGCGAUGGUGUACUCCUUGAAAAAUGUUCACUAUAACAACAUCACAUCGCUGUGCAAAUUUAACAACACUGGCAAUGUUCUGUUGAGUGCAAUGGGUUAUAACAUGUUGUUAUGGUCAACCUCAGCAUCUCAAGAGGUGUCAGAAGACCACUGUGCCAAAGACAAGAAACAAACAAGAGAAACAUUGGAAAACCAAAUGUCAAAAGAAAAAAUACAAUUAACAUGUGACAAAUCCAAGGAUAAAAAAAUUUCAAAACUUCAGCUAAAUAUAAAGGACAAGAGAAAAAGUAAAGAUAAUGAUGUAGACAAAGCGUCAAAGAAACGAAAACGUAACUAAAUGUUGGAAAAAAAGAUUUAUUUAAAAAGGACUUAUUUACUACAUCUCUAGUAGAUAUUAGAUUGUUGAAAUCUAUUGUAAAUAAAUUAUUGAAAAACUUCUCUCACUUGUUUUAUUUAAUUAGAGUAACACAAUUAGAAAUUUAUAAACAAUUUGAUCUAUUAGGAAAUAAUUUGAGAACAAAUUAGAAAAAAAAAAUGUUUGUAAUAAUUAUUUGAUUCACUUGCAGAUAAUUUAGUAAAUCUUAAAACCUACAACUUUCAACUAAAGUUUUUACAAAAUAACUAUUAUGACUUUUAGUACUAAUUAUUCAUAUGUUGUUUAUAUGUUGUUGGAGGAAAGAACACACAUUAGCAACAUAAAGUUCUUUAUUCUAAUUUCAAUUGUGGAAAAACAGUGAAAAAUAUUAUACAAAAUAAAAACCAAACAAUUAGAAGACAAAAUGAUUCUUAUUGUAAACAAUUUAUUUUUAUUUUAUAUAUAUUGGUAAAAAUGUGCUCCAUGUAAGUCUCAUUGCAAGGUUAAAGAGCUUGCUUUGAAGGUCUCACACAUACUUCAUAUGGUUAUAAUUAUCUAAAUGCAAAGAAAUUUAAAUUUGUUAUUGUUUUAUUUUUUAUCUCUCACAAGGGCUUACAUCAGAGGUGGCCAAUCUUUUGCUUCUGUGCGCCAUUUUUUGUUCACUUCUAAUUUAGAUGCACCACACACAUUUUCACUCCUUAAAAGUAUUUGGUGAUUGUAUUGAUUAUUUCUAAUUGCACUUGGACUAAUAUAUAAACACUGUUAGCAGUUUAAACAAAAAUAAUAUCUGAUAAAAACAAGAUCACAUCAGUCAAGCUUGAAUGAGACUUUCUUCUUUACUUUCACCAAAUCUGUAAUAUCAAAAGUUACAUUUGUAAAUGAAUGCCACUGACAGUUCUUCAAAUUGGAAUCUGACAGUUGUGGCUUCAUUUUUUUCUUGAAAUACUUGCAUCUGUAUGUGGACCAGAGUGAUGGGCAUAACUUGAAGCAAGUUUUCAUAGUUCUGCAAAAUGUUCACAUGGUGAUGAUCGCCAAAACUGAAGCAUUUCAGUUCCAUCUUUACAUUACUAGACAUUUUCAGAAUAUUUCUUUCAGUAAGUGAAAAUGGAUUUAUAAAUGCAAGCAUGUAGUUUUCUUCUUCAGCAAAAUCAUUCAAACAAUUAUUAGAGGUUUCCUGUAAUCAUUUCAUUGAUUGAAAUAUAUGCUCUAAAAGUGCAUUGGACACAUUGACUUUGUUCUUUCAAAUGUGGAAAUUGACUCAUCAGAUGUUUCUUAAACAUUUUUAACUUCACUUUGAAUUCACUGAUUAGAUUUGUGAAACAAUGUUUCCUAGCCUUGCAGUUUAAAAUUGAGAUGGCUUGUAACAUCAACUAAAAAUACUAAAUCAAACAUUCUUUUUUUGAUUCCAUAAACUUGCAGCUCAUCUUUCUCUUCUAAUUAUUUAUAUAUUUUUCAGUUUCCAAAAUCUUCUGAGAACUUGUUAUCUAGAAAACCAACACACCUCGCAACAUAUCACACAGUUAAGAAUAUUCUCUGAAUUCUCUUCUGUAUAAUCCUCUUAUUUUAUUUACAAUUUUAUAACUAGUAUAACAUGCUUCAAAAUCCAUCUUUUUCCACACUCUUGGUGUAUAAUGCAAUGAUAUUUCUUAAGACUUAAACUAGGACUGCUUUAUUGAUCAUUAUUGGAAUUUUAUUGUGACUUAGAUUUUAUAGAAAUCAGCUAUUAUAUCUUUUCUUGAUUUUUUUUUCUUAAGGACAUAGUGUGCCAUGCAAUGCAACAUUUUUGGUGCAUGCACCAUAGGUUGGUCAGCCCUGGCUAAGAUAGCAAAUUAUGUAAAUAUACUGGCAAAAAUAGCAUCAUAUUCACAAAUAUAUAAAUACAAAAAAAAAACAUGAUACAAAUAACAUGGACAAUAAGAUUUACAAUCUACAAAGGUUUGCAUAGCUAUUAGCUACUUUUACUGUGUUAAUAGAACUUCAUAUACAUAGUAAUGAAAUCAGGCUUGUUUUUUGCAGCUGUUGUAAUGACAUUGUUUAGGGCUAUUUUUCUUGCUCAUUCUUCCAAUGUAAAUUUAGUGUAUAUAUAUAAAUUUUUUCAGAUGUCAAUCUAAGAAAAAUAUUUAAAACAUUGUUGACAAUUUAAAGAUCAGAUUAAUCAGAAUGGUUAGCAAAAUAGCAAAUUACAUUUUUUUAACCCCAGAUUUCAAGUUAUUGAAUAUUUAAUGCUUCAUUAAAAAUGCUUUAUAAACAUUUUAACAAUCUCAACAAGAUUAUCAUAAAGAAACCUUAAGAAAUCUAUAGAUAUAGAUUAAAGUAAAAAAAAAAAAAGGUAAGGCGGCA